CAACCUCAUGGCAGACAUAAAAGAAAAGAAGCACCUGGAGGACACAGAAAAUCACUCCAAGAGCAAGAUCUACUUGGACUACAAUGCGACUACUCCUUUAUCUGCAGAAGUGGUCAAGGCAGUGACAGGAGCUCUGCAAGAGGCCUGGGGGAAUCCCAGCAGCAGCUACAGUGCGGGAUGUAUUGCCAAGCAGCUAAUAGACAAAGCCCGGGCACACAUUGCCAGCAUGAUCAGAGGAAAACCAGAAGAUAUCAUCUUCACUUCUGGAGGAACAGAAGCCAACAAUAUGGUAUUAUUUUCGGCUGUGGAACAAUUCAGUAAAGCCAAGGAAAGUUCCAGUAACAGUGUGGAUAAGAUGUUGCCGCACAUCAUUACCUCGAAUGUGGAGCAUGAUUCCAUUGUACUUCCUCUUCAACACCUCCAGAGGGCACACAGAGCCGAGGUGACCUUUGUGCCGGUAUCCACUACAACAGGACGAGUGGAGGUUGAUGAUGUUAUUGCAGCUCUUCGUCCUAACACAUGUCUAGUGUCUUUUAUGUUGGCAAAUAAUGAAACUGGUGUUAUCAUGCCUGUGAAUGAACUGUCACAACGCCUUGCACCUAUUUCUAAACAGCGUGCAAGCCAGGGGCUUCCCCCAAUCUUGUUACACACAGAUGCAGCACAGGCGCUGGGAAAGAUCAGCGUGGAUGUUCAAGAGCUGCAAGUCAAUUAUUUAACUGUUGUUGGACACAAGUUCUACGGGCCUCGUAUUGGAGCUCUUUAUGUUCGUGGAAUAGGGCACCAGACACCUCUGCUGCCAAUGUUAUAUGGAGGAGGACAGGAGCGCAAUUACAGGCCAGGAACAGAAAAUACACCAAUGAUCACAGGGCUAGGCAAGGCUGCAGAGUUAGUCAGUUUACACUGCACUGUAUAUCAGAGCCACAUGCAAGAAGUACGGGACUAUCUGGAGCAGAGAUUAAAGGCUGUAUUUGGUGACAGGAUCCGGUUUAACUCUCACUUCCCUGGCACGGAACGCCUUCCUAACACAUGUAAUGUGUCACUGCUGAAGCCCUCUGUCCUAGGACGUGAAUGGCUGGCCCAUUGUCAUUCCCUUCAGGCAAGUGUUGGAGCAGCUUGUCACUCAGACCGCGGAGACAGUCCUUCCCAUGUACUGCUGAGCAGUGGAGUACCUCAGGAAGCCGCCCGUGGUGCCGUUCGUUUGAGUGUAGGUCGGGAGACAUCCAGAGAAGAUGUAGAUGUGAUUGUUACAGAUCUUGAGCAAGCAGCGCAAAAACUGGAGUCUAAAGAGUCUAGUAAGAAAGAUGUGAAAACAUCAUAGGAACGGGAUGAGGAAUGAGUGUGAUCACAGCAAAAAUAAAUUGACUAAAAUUAGAAGAU